AAAUAUAACUAUUCGGAAUCUAAUCAAACAUGUCAAUCAACACUGAUCAUGAUAACAACAUGACUAUUGGAAAAAAAUCCAGGAAUUAUUCAAGAAAAAUGUUGAAUUCUGUGGCGAAACCUGUGAACUAGGCUUAAACGACUGUUUACUAUUGGUACCGAACUAUACACCAAUUGAUUUAUUGGAACAUAAACCAUUCAUAAAUAUGACCACGAUUACAACGAAAUCGAAGGAAGAUCAGAUUAAUGGAAAUCAACCGAUAAUUUCUAAAAACAAUCUGGAUUCCAAAUUAAAAUCUAAAAUCCAUCCUGAUCGUGACAGUGAUUCACCAAGUAUCGAUCCACCAAUUCCAAAGACGAGACGUUUAUCUUUACGAUCCAAACGAAGUUUCGAUUGUUCAUUUGAAUUAUGGGAUGAAAAUUAUUUCGCUGUUGAACGAAAAAUUUCUCAACUUGAAGGAGUCCACUAUGCCGCCUACAACAUAAACAAAGAAAAAAGACUAAAUUCACCUGAACUAGUUAAUCUCCUUGAAGAUCAAGAAGUCACUUGCUUAGAUGCAGAUAAUCCAGAUAAAUGGGUUGUACGUGUUCAUCCAUUUUUGCAAAAAGUUGAUAGUUUUCACAAACCAAUCAAACGAGAUAAUGCACUUUCUGAUUCACAAACUAUUGAUGAAAAUGAUACCAAUGAUUUGGUUGAAGCGAUCGGUUCACAUUCGCAGGAAUCACAAGUAGUCUGUGAAGAAACUAGAAAAAUAGGUCGAACUCUAGCUGUCUGUUUAACAAGAAAUUUGAAAAGUGCUCAACGUGGUAAAAGAAAUCCAAGGGAGGCAUUCAGAGAAGACGUUAUUAGUUUUUCAAAUAAACAACAAGAAUCUCGAAUGAAAAUGAGGUAUACACUAACUGAACUUUGUGACACAGAACUUGAAUAUAGCAGAGCACUGAAACAAUUAUCUGAUAUAUUGAAUUCAUUAAAUGGCAAGAUUAUUUUGGACUAUGCUGAGAGUUCCGAAAAAAUUAUUGACUAUCCGAAAUCUAUUGGCGAUAAUAUUAAAGGUCUUCAAGUUACUCUGAGUAGAAUUAUUCAACUAUGUGGUAUGUUCUUAGAAAAACUGCCUUCAUACUCAUUAGAUCCUGGAAAAUCUGCUGAAUGUUUUACAAAAACUCCUGAUCGUUGGUAUGAGUAUACAAUAUUUCUUAUACAUUUGGAUUACUUAAUCAAUCACAUUUUACAAAUCACUUCACAAGAUACAGAAAUAUUUUUUAGUCUUUCCAUACCAGAUUCUAUACAAAAAACCACUGUUUUAUUAAAUGAUCAAACGGAUUCAUUGAUAUCAUCUAAUCAGCGUAACACCACUACUACUACUACCACAACUACUUCCACUACUACUACUAAUAAUAAUAGUAGUAAUAAUAUUUCUGUGAGAAAUUUUCUAGAACUUUUGGAUAUUCCAAGGAAGCGAUUAAGUGCAUACGGUGGAUUAUUAAAAGAUAUAGCAAGAUAUAUAUCACGUGACGGUUCGUCAACAAGUGAAUUUGAAUUGGCUAUGAUUUAUGUGAGCAGGGCACAAAGACGUGCUGAGGAAUUUCGACAUUUCUGGUCGCAAGUUGAUAUAAAUUUCAAGGAAAUAUUGAAUUUUGAAAAUGCAUAUGAGGAUAAAUUAUUAUUAUUUGAAGAGUGUAUACCACCGGCAAUUAUACGAAUAACUGACAUUAAAAUUGGUCAACACAAAAACAUUCAACUAGAUCAAAGUGAAAUGCGCAUGGAAAGAUUAAUUCUUCUGCCUGAUCAUUUGUUAUCACUUCGAAAAAUCACUGAAGAUAAUUCAUCUUACUGUUGGAAGUUGAAUACAAUCAUUCAUCUCGAUGAACUACGUGUUGGUGACUAUGGCAAUGAUGGAAAUGAUCAACAAUCCUUUGAAUUAUGGAAUAUAUCAGGUACAACUCCAAUUAAAUUAAUUUUUCGUAUCACUUGUCCUGAUAUUAUCAGUCGUAAUGCAUGGAUUGAAGAUAUGAGAUAUGCGAUCAAAGAGAAAAUUAAUAGUUCUAUAGAAGAUGCAAAUGUACCGAAAUCAAUUGUCCAGUCACAUAUUGAAGCAUACUGGGAUUCAAAGAAACGUUUCAGUGGAAUAAUGGAACUUUCACCUUGUCUAAGUGAAUCUAUCAGUGAAAUGUAUUUUGAUGCUGUAGAAAAUGUUCAACAAAUUAACUCUCAAAGUGUUCACUCAUCACAAUUAUCACAAAUAGACAAAUGUGAACUGAUUAAAACUUCAUUCAAUCAAAAAUCCACUUCAUCGUCAUCAUAUUAUACUGCUGACGAACCAACUGAUGAGAAUGGCAAAGAUCAUUCACAACCUAUGAAUUUAUUCGAAUCCUAUUCAACAUUGGAUGGUGUACAGACACCUUUUUCAGAAGAUCAACGUUCUCUUGCAGACUUUCAAAUGCCUUCUGAAAAUAGAGGAAAUCAAAUACAGCAACAGUCGACAACCACAUCUACCUCUAUGACAGAAACUGACACACUUGUAAAACAAUUAACUGUGAAUGCUGGUGAACAAAUUCAAUUCAAUGCAUCAUUUACAAUUUCUAGUCCAGUUGCUUAUGAAACAACUUGGUAUAUGAAUGGAGCACCAAUGAGACCUGAAUUAGGCGCUGAAAUGAUAUUGUCAGAUCGUGAUACACGUCUACUUAUUUCAAAUGCUGAUCCUUUAAUACAUUCAGGAACUUAUUCAUGUCGUUGUCGUCUUUUCGAAGGUACCGAAAGUGCUGUUUACUUUUGUGUGAAUAUACUAACCGCCAAACUAAAUCAAAAUGAUACAACUGAUAAUGAAUCAGAUCAGUUGAAAUUAACCAAUUUUAUGCAAGCUAAUCUAUUUCAGCCAAUUACCAAAGAAUUAAAUUUACCAAUUGGUAAACUGUUAGAAAUUCAAGUUAAGAUUGAUGAAGAAACUGCAUUGAAAAUAACAAAUAAUAAUAAAGAAAAUAUUCAAGUUAACUGGUAUCAAGAUUCAACAUUACUUGAGCCUAAUUCAACAUGUGAAAUGCUUAAAAUCAAUGACCAGUUUAUUUUACGAUCAACUACUAAUCAUUUACAACCUGAUAAGGUAUACAAUUAUACAUGCAUGUUGAAAGUACCGGAUAAUUCCAGUAUGUCUCCAGCGCCAAGUAUAACUAUACCAGUAAGUUUUCAUAGUCCAACAGUUAAAGAAUUAGAAACGGAAUUCAAGAAUUCAAUAGAUAAAAAUAAAUCCGUAGAUAAAAAUACCUCAAUCACUCAAGUUGAAUUAAGAGAAAAUGAAGCAUUUCAGUUAAAUCUACCCAUUCAACAUAGUUCUCAGAAUGAAGAUGUUAUUGUAUGGUGGACAUGUGAAGAUAAAUUGCUGACAGGUAAUCAUUUAUCAUCGAAACAUAGUGAUUAUAAAUGUUCAUUUGAGCCCAAUAAACAAUCGAAUGAAAUGAUAGCUAAACUUUUGAAAAAUUCAACAGGAACUAACGAUUAUGGGAUAUAUAAAUGUUGGACUGUUUCACAAUCAUUGAAAGAUAAUAUUGUUAAAUGUUCUGUUGUUAAAGUAACAGUGAAACAAAAGAAAUCCGAUAUUAAAGAGGAAGGAGAAGAAGGGAAGAAUAUUCAGGAAGAUGAAAUUAAUGUAAUCGAUGAGACGGAAAUAAAUUUUGUAAAUAAAGAAGGCGAAAACAAUGAGGAUACUUCAGUGAAAAGGGAAGAGGAGGAAAUUUAUAAACAAAAGGAAGAAGCUUCGAAGGAACAAGAAGAUGAAGAAAUAAAGGGCAAUGAAGAAGAGACUGAUCAACGGAAGCGAGAGAAAGAGAAGGCUUCAAGUCAACAGGCACAAGAAGGAGAAAAGGACGAAGAGUCUGAGUGGAUAAGAAAAGAUAAGGAUAUUGUUCAGGAGACAAAUAGGGAAGAGGAAGAAGCCGAGCGAAAGAGAAAAGAAGAAGAAGAGAUCGCUAGGAAGAAGAAGGAGGAAGAGGAGGCCGAGCGAAAGAGAAAAGAGGAAGAAAAGAUCGCUAGGAUAAAGAAAGAGGAAGAGGAGGCCGAGAGAAAGAGAAAAGAGGAAGAAGAGAUCGCUAGGAGAAGGAAGGAGGAAGAGGAGGCCGAAAGAAAGCGGAAAGAGGAGGAAGCCGAGCGAAAGAGAAAAGAGGAGGAGGAGAUAGCUAAGAGAAGGCAGGAGGAAGAGGAGGCUGAAAGAAAGAGAAAAGAGGAAGAGGAGACCGAGCGAAAGAGAAAAGAAGAAGAAGAGAUCGCUAGGAGAAGGAAGGAGGAAGAGGAGGCCGAAAGAAAGCGGAAAGAGGAGGAAGCCGAGCGAAAGAGAAAAGAAGAAGAAGAGAUCGCUAGGAGAAAGAAGGAGGAAGAGGAGGCUGAAAGAAAGAGAAAAGAGGAAGAGGCCGAGCGAAAGAGGAAAGAAGAAGAAGAGAUCGCUAGGAGAAGGAAGGAGGAAGAGGAGGCCGAAAGAAAGCGGAAAGAGGAGGAAGCCGAGCGAAAGAGAAAAGAGGAGGAGGAGAUAGCUAAGAGAAGGCAGGAGGAAGAGGCCGAGCGAAAGAGAAAAGAGGAAGAAGAGAUCGCUAGAAAAAAGAAUGAGGAGGAGGCCGAGAGAAAGAGAAACGAGGAAGAGGCCGAGCGAAAGAGAAAAGAAAAGGAGCAGGAGACUGCCAAGAAGGUAAAGGAAGAGGAGGAUACUGUAAAAAAACGAAAAGAUCAGAAAUUAAUCAAGGAGAAGAAUGAGGAGAAAGGAACUGAGGAAGAACGAAGCAAGAAAGAAGAAUAUAAGACAGAAGAGUUAGCUACUCGGAAGACAGACGAAGAUGAGUCAAAGGCAGAAAAGAAGAAAAAUGAGAGAAAAGAGAGGAAAGAUGACACAAAGAAAAGAGUGAAAGAACAACACGAGGAUAAAAAUCGGGAAGGGGAGGAUAGCAAGAAAAAGAAAGAGAAAAUGACAAAGGAUCAAGAAAAAAGCGACACGAAAGCAAAGCCCGAUGAAGAUGCUGAACUGAAACCAGAGUUAAAAACGCCUCAGAAAGAACUAGUAAAGAGAGGAACCGAAGAAAUACAAACAACAGAAAUUAAAACAAUUCCAGAAACAAAGUCCGAAAUGAAGAAAACAAGUGAUGUUAUCGAAAAGAUAGGAGAAGUCGGCGCAGAAAAAGAAGUGACUAGUACGACUGAUGAGAUACCUGGGUCAUUACACAAAGAGAAGAAGAAAAAAGAGGAUAAAACCACUGAGAAAUCAAAAGAAAAACAAACAUUAGAGAAAGGAAAAAAGAGAAAAGGAAGUCAUUCAGCUUUAAAGGAUGGCAAGACGAACAGUGAACAGUUAGUUGAUGAAAACAAAGUUACAACUGAAGUGGAUGAAGUGAAAGAAACUCCAAAAAUGGAAAAUAAACUAGAUGAUCACGAUCGAAUAGAAAGUAUCAAAGUUGAAACAGAAGAAUUUCUGGGACAAAAUAAUGAAAAAGAUAAGAAUGAAACUGAAUUAGUGAAGGCAAUUCAUGAUCAAUCUACAACACUUAUCAACAAAUCAGAAAGCAAAAUACCAUCUGAAAAAUCUCUAGAUACACCAGCUUUGAUUGAUCAGGAAACAGUCAGUGAUUCAGUACCUAAGUUGGUUGAGAAAGAUAAAACAGAAGAGAAAUAUGGUGAGACAGGUCAUGAGUUUAAAAAGAAGAAGAGUCACGACAAAGAUGUAGAAAUGGACAAGCUUAAAUCUAGUGUUAUUACAGAAAAUCAACAGGACAAUAAACUGGAUGAUCAACAAAUUAAUACGGAAUCAGUUCAGAAGCUAAAACGUAGAGAAAGUAAAACGAAAAAGCGUGAAAAAGACAUAGAAAAGACUAAAUCAAUGACUAGCGCCACUACAGAGAAUGAUGAAAGUCUAGCAAAAGAUAACAUUGAAAAUGAGUGGCAAGACAAAUCAGCAAUGCAAGAAGUAUUCGAUACGAUGCCAACAACUGAAACUUUACCGAUUGACGCAGAGAUCAUGGAAAAACAACGAAAAGAAGAGAAGAAAAAGAAACGGGAAAAAUCGAAAAAAGCUCCAGAAGAAAAUGAACCUAAGGAACAUCGAAAAUCCGUAACAAAGGUUGAUAAAAAUGACGCAGACAUCGAAUCAUUCAAAGCGAAAGAAACAUAUGGUGAAACUGAAACUAUGGAUGAUGACGUAAGAGAAGAGAGUGCAAUCAAAGAAGAACAUAGAGGUUUGGAAUCAGAAGCUGAACUAAAAAUGUAUCAGGAAGAGAGACAAGAAGUUCUUAACGAUCAAGAUAAACUAGCGGAGUUUGACACUGUUUACUUGACACCAAUAACGGAUUAUAACAAUGAAGAUAGUGUAUCAGUAAAACAAGGCACUAAUAUUUAUCUAACAAGUCCUUUGGGCAUUGACAAUUCAAUCCUUCUAACUCCUAAUGAUUUUGUUGUUUUAUUAAAUGGAUUGCCAUUUGAAACGAAUCAACAGGAUAACUUUCAAUUGGCUAUACAACAAAACAAGGUAGACUUAAUUAUUGAAAAUGUACAACCUGAUCAAAGUGGUAUUUAUGAAAUCAGGCUGAAUAAAUCCAAUGAAUCACAAUUAACACUGGAAAAUGCCACAGACCACCAAUUAUACAAUGAUUCCAUUUUGGAUAUUAUGCCUAAUUUACGCUUUCCAAGAAUUUCUGUCCAAUCGAAUGAUAUUCUUGGGAAGAAUGAACGUAUAAAUUUCAUACAAGAUGAUUAUAAACCACCACAGAGAAUAUUUUCCGCUGAAUUAUUGCCAAAAUAUAUUUGUAAACAAGGUGAAACAUUGAAAUUAGCUGUUGAAUUGAAAAAUAAUAUUAUUGUUAAAAAUUAUGAAUGGUCAUUCAAUGGAAAGACAAUUGAUCCUGAUUCAACUGCCGAUUUUGUUGUAUGGCAAACUGGUAAUUGGAUUGCAUUGACAAUACCAAAUGUUAGACCAGAUUUAACUGGAACCUACAAAUUAUACAUUGAUACACCAUCGGGUGAAUAUUACACAACAGGUGAUCUGUCAGUGAAUGGACAAAAACUACAAACGACACCAUAUGUUCCAUCACAAGUCGAAGGACUAAAGCCAUUAUUCACCAAAAAACUUCAAGAUUACACAGUUGAAACCAAUGAAACAGUUCGAUUAAAUGCACGUUUAGUAGCUGAACCACCGGCCACAGUGAUUUGGAAACAUAAUGGUAUUCAAAUUGAAAACAAUGACAGAAUUGAAAUCUAUCAUGAUCCGAUUAAUCCAUCCCUUGUUAUUCAUAAUGUCAAAGAUGAAGAUUACGGUGAAUAUGUAUGUUCAGCGUCAAACAUACUUGGUCAUACUGAAACUAAAUCAUUUCUAUACAUACAAAGUACUCUAUUCGAACCUAGUAGUUACGAACAUGAUGUAAAUGAAGUGGCCGAAUCUCCAGCUAGACCGACAAGAUGUUCAGUUUUACCACCGAAAGUAAAUAAUAUUGAAUUGCUUGAAGUGUACAACGACGGUUUCAAAAUUGCUUGGGAUCCACUACCAAAUGAACAAGUAACAUAUAAUGUGGAAAUAAGUAAUGAUGCUGGUAGAUGGUGGAAACCUGUACUUACUAACUUACACGAAGUUUCAGCGCAUAUUUCCAAUGAUAUUGCGUGUCCUUUGAAUCCGGUACAAGUAAGAGUGGUUGCUGAAAAUGAAUUUGGACUUGGACCUCCUUGUUUUCCGGUACUUCGUUUACCUAUACGAGCGUGUCUUCCUCAUAUGCAAGCAAUUAAGCCGGAAAUUGAAUUUGAAGAAGCGACAGCUAUUAAAAUUCAAUGGUGUCCAGCAGUGCCUGCACUUACACCAAACCAACUACACAAGAGCGCUUUGUUGAAUUCAUCACAACUACUUGGUAAAGUAACUUAUGCAGUGGAGAUUAGGGAAGGAUCUCAGUCAGAGUGGUGCAGAGUGGCCAGUGAUUUACUGGCUCGAUCCUACACUUAUCACUUACGACCUGGUACCAGUUCUGCUAUACGUAUUGUGGCGAAAAACAAAUAUGGCGAGUCUUGUCCUACUCCGAUGGCAAUAGUUCAACUUGAUCCUAAUUCAUUAAUUCCCGAUUUAUCACUUGAUCCUCCAUGGAUAGCAAUAAACUAUCCAGCAGAUAACAUCUCAGGGAAAAAAAGUAAUAUUCGACUCUUAUGGAAACCUGCAUAUAUGCCAGAGUUUUGUACUAGUUGUGUAAAAGAACUGAAACCUUUCUAUCGAAUUGAAUGGAGGCGUGGAAUAUCUGGACAAUGGGUUGAUUUGGUUCGUGAUAUUAGUGAGUAUGAAAGUGGUUAUUCUCUACCAAGAGAUCUUGUAGAAUCUGUAAUUCAAAUAGGAAAUGACUCACCUUUGAACACUACCAAUUCGAAUAGUUCCAUUGAAUUCCGAAUAUUUUCUUACAAUGAAUUCGGUGAAAGUGGGCCAACUAGGAGUUACAGAUUGAAGGCAUCUCAGAUAUUUAAAGCGCAAGAUUAUCGGAACAAUAAUCAAGUAUCAGAUAGACUGAAUGGGAUUGAUCAGAAUGAGCAUAUUAGUCUGCUGGAUAAACUACCGAUUAUUUCAUCUGGCAAAAUACCAAAACUUAAAGUUCAAAUGAUCUCAGUCGAUCCGAAAGAAGGUGUUGCUCUCAAAUGGGAUCCCUGUACAGGUUCAGAUGUAAAUAAAAACUUCGACGAUCAUUAUAACUUACAUGGCCGCUAUCGAAUUCAGCGUAGAACUUUAAAUGAUGAUGAUGAUAGCAAUUCUUCAGUGAAUAUGUCUAACUGGACAGUAGUUUGUCGAGAAGAUGAUCUGAUUUAUGGAGAACAAUAUGUUCUUGAUACGAAACCAGGUAAAACAGAACAACUUGUUAGAAUUCUAAGCUUACAUGAAGAUAAAGGCGGCAAUUUGAGUUGGUUCGAUGACCACGAAAUUGUUCGUAUACCAGCAUUGCAUGAAAUAUUCCCUCCAGCACCAUCAAACGUAGAGGUGAAAUUGAUAAGCCCUAUUGAAACAUCAGGUUCUGCAGGAGUUCGUGUCACUUGGAAACUUCCCAACUUUGAAUUUCCAACGAAUGACAAUUAUUUAGGAAAUAUUAAAAAUCAUGAUCAAAUUAAUUACAGAAUAGAAGCUCGUACAACUUUAAGCGAAUUAGCACCUUGGAGACAAGUUGGUCUUGUGUCUGGAUCAUUAGGUAAAAUAGAUGAUCAUAAAGCUGAGCCUGGAUCACAACUUAUUUAUCGUAUAACACCUGUAAACCAAUUUGGUGAAGGUCCAAGCGCAAGUUCUUCACCGAUUAAACUUCCGUUUUUGUUAACAACUUUAGAAAGAUGCAUUGAAGAUUUUCGUUUCCUAAUACUUGGACCAAAUACAAUUCAAUUACGUUGGCGUUUAGGUGAUACAGUGAUUGAUGCAUUAGGCUUUCAAAGAAAUUCAUAUCAGUCAAUCAAUGCCACAAAUCAAUUGGAUACAGAUGAAUCAAUUGAAAUAUGUGAAAGAGUGAAAUUUUCCAUUGAAAGACGUGAUGGUUACGCCGGGGACUGGUAUCCGAUCAGAGAACAAAUCAAUGGUUAUCUGCAUAAUAAAAUUGUACUAUCACAAUUUGACUAUUUAGACAAAGAUAUUUCGUGUAGAAUCAUUGCAAUUUUGGAUAAUCAACAAACUAAACCUAGUCGACCUAUUAAUAUCAAUAUUAAAACAGAUUUCCUAGUCCCGGAUUUCUCAGCUUUUAAACCGCAUGUAAAUGUUACAUCAGUUGAAGAAUAUCUAAUCUCAUGGGACGAUCCCGAUGUUCAGGCGUUAUACACAAGUCACAUUUUAAAUUUGUCAAUGCCUCAAGUGUUACAAAAAGAUACUACUUAUGCAGUCCAAAUUCAACAUGAAAAUUCAACGGAGUGGAUAACAUUAGCUUCUGAUCUAGAAACAACCCAAUGGACAUGGAAUCAACCAAAUCCAUUAAUUGGAUAUCAUGUUCGUAUUCUACCAUCGAAUCAAUUCGGUGUUGGACAUCCAACUAGAAAUGUGUUAAUCUCACCACAAGUUGUUAUCCCUGAUUUGACAUUUAUGCGACCGUCUAUUGAAUCACCAUCAGAUAUUCUAAUUGGUAGAGUUGCACCAGAACUUGUCUGGCAAAUGCCGAAAUCGUAUGCAUUAGACAGAACAUUCACUCCAUACACAUUUGAAGUACAAAUUAAAGCUGUAGAGAAAUCAAUCAAUCGUGAAGUUUAUGAUCAAGAGAAGAGAUUUGAAAAAUCUACAAGUACAAGUACAAAUAGUGAAAAUAUAUGGAGAGUUCUUGCAUCUGGUUUAAAACGUACUCGUUUAUCAUUGGAACAUUUAGAUCCUGAACAAGAGUAUUGGUUACGUAUUGUUGCUGUGACAGAAUAUGAUCGUGGUACACCAAGUCAACCGGUACGCAAAAUGGCUGAUUUAACUGCAAAACGUAACCGAUGUGCAUCAGCAUCCGUUGGAGUUCUGCAUGAACCUACACCUACUUCACCAUCAUUUACUGACCGUGAAACAAGUGUGAUUUAUGCACCGGUUCAUGGGCAAUUAGAAUUGAAAUGUACAUUUAGUCCAGUGAAUGUUGAAAAUGAAACACGUUUCAAUUGGUAUUUCAAUGGUAAAUUAUUAGAUACAAAUGUAAGUACUGUUUAUCCAACUUUAAGUCAAAAAUUUUAUGGUAUCGUAUCCAAGUCUGGAGAUACAGCUGUACUACAUUUGAAUGAUUUAAAUGAAAAUGAUUUUGGUUCGUACAUUUGUAAAGCUGUACACAUGUUCGGUACUAGUGAAAAAGAAUUUAUUGUAAAAAUGGCAGAUGCUCCAGUAUUUCUAGAAGUUCCUAUUCCAUUGUUAACUGUGAAAUUAUAUUCACAUUUUGAAUUGCCUUGUUUUAUUGAUGCAUUACCGCCACCAACAAUUGUUUGGACAAGAGAUUCCAAGAGAAUUGUUGAAGCGCAUCGUAUAAAAAUUGGACAGACUAAAAAACAAUCGACCAAUAGGAAAGCAUCAAAUAUUUCAAACUGUGAAUUUACUACAGAUGCAACUUUAUCAGUGGAAAAAUGUAUUUUUCAAGAUUCAGGCUUGUAUACAUUGACAGCUGAAAAUAUAGCUGGUCGAAUAACAACCAGUUGUUUAAUUCAUGUUGAAGAAAAUCCUACGCCGACUAAUAUUACUUUGAGGUGGACAAACAUUGAAAAUCAUUAUUUUGUACUGAGACGACUUGAAAGUGAUUCAUUUUCAGAAGUUCGUCUAUUAAUUGACAAAAAAACAAAUCGUGAAUAUAUUGGGAAAUUAUUUAAUUUAACUAAUCCAACAAGUCGUAUCAAUGGUGCUCGUGAAAUGGAAUGUUUAACACGUUUAUGUCAUAAAAAUGUUUUACAAUUAACGGAUGCACUUAUCAGUGAUAAUGUUUUGAUUUUAGUCUGUGAAAAAUUAUCCGGUUUAAAUUUACUUGAUUCAGUUCUUGCGUGUGAAAAUUGGUCUGAAAUGGCAACAGCGGCUGUUAUUCGUUCAGUACUGGAUGCAUUAGAGCAUAUUCAUAGUCAAGGAGUAGUUCAUUAUGAUAUUCAACCAAACAAUUUACUUUUUGUCAAGCAAACAAUCGAUAAUAAUUAUGAUACGGCCAAUUCAUCAAACGAUCAUGAUUUAUUACGUGCCCUUUCGUCGCUAGUCACUGAUAUAACAAGUCAAACAGAUCGUCAUAAAAUGAAUGUAUUCAGUAAUUUAUUCAAAGUUAUCGGAUUUUCUACUGCACAAACGUAUAUUACUAAUUCUCAGCAUUGCAUAACUUGUAUGCCUCCAUUACGGUAUAGACCAGAAUAUGUCUCUCCAGAAAUUCUAUUAUUAACACAAAAGAGUGAUGGAACAACCUCGGAAACUGAUCAGUGUUAUUCAGAAAAAUUAGGUCCAUCUGCAGAUAUAUGGAGUCUUGGAGUUUUAACAUAUAUCCUAUUUGUCGGUUGGCCUCCUUUUAUUGACUGUGAUACAGGUGAAAUUCUAAGUGACAAAUUAUUACAAGCAAUCAUUCCAUUUGAUGUGCCAGAAUUAGAAAAUAUUUCAGAUGAAGGCAAAGAUUUUAUUUCGCAACUUUUACAAGCUGACCCUACAAAACGACCUUCAGCUAAAGAAUGCUUAUCUCAUCCAUGGAUUCAACUAUUUUCACAAUCUGAAAAUAAAUCAGUAUAUAUACUGAAAAAAUUGAAGAAAUAUAAUGAAUUUUACAAUUCAGUGCAUCCAAUUUACAUUACUAAUAAUGAGAAAAAUUGUAAUUCUGAUUUGAAAAAUCGUUUAGCUUCUAUUGUACGACAACCAACUCCAAGUGAAGAUACGGAAAGUGUACUCUCCUCACGAUCAUCAUCAGUUCUUGGUUUACGUGAAAGUUCUGAGCCAUACAGUGAAUCUCAAUCACGAUUGCUUGAUCAAUAUGCAACUCAUGAUUUUAAUGAUGACAGAUUUAUGAUUCCAUUAAAUACAAAUAUUCCAACAGCAGCUGAGGCUUCGAAAAUAAUUGAAGAAAAAUUCAAUUUACAAAGACAAAAUACUCUUACAGAAGCUACAUCAUUAGAAGAAUCAACUUAUACAUUGUUGAAAGAACAAGAAAAUUCGUCUGUUAAUCUUGAACAAGACAAUCAAAUCACUUCAGUAAAACGCAGUGAAAUUGGAAGCAAAUUCAGUGCUCCAGUCUUUGCUAGUCCACUUCAAGAUGCUUAUUUCAGUGUGCAUACAAGACAAGUUAGAUUUACUUGUCAACUUGCUAGUGUUCCUUACCUACCAGACGGUAUUAGUGAAUCUGAAGAAAUUAUCAAAGAAAUUUAUCCAACUGGCUUGAAUUUCAACGAAAUCACUAGAACUUCAUCAGCUGCCGCUGCAUGGUACUUAGGUGGUUGUUUAUUGUCGGAUGGUCCAGGUGUUAGUCUGGGCGCAGAACAAGGAGGAUGGUUAUGGCUUUGUUUAAGUGAUCUUCGUCCGGAACAAGAUCGUAGUGUUGUUGAAUGUGUGGUAAGAAAUCGAGCUGGAAAAUCACAAACAAAAGCACGACUUUUACUUGGUGAUAUACCCAAACCACCUGGUCGACCAGGUCUUAUCGACAUACGUCCUACAGAAGCAUUGAUUAGUUGGCUAUCUUCAACACCAGAUUCCACUGAAGAUCUGAUUUAUCGUCUUGAUAUUAAAUAUUCAGACCGCGAUAAUGAACCACCUUCAUGGCAUCGACUUGGAUUCACUGUAGAUUGUCGUUAUCUUAUUAAUAAUCUUAAACCUGGUGUAUGUUACCGUGUUCGUGUAUCCGCUGGAAACGCAUUCGGUUGGGGUAAUUACAGUAUUGCAUCUUCUGAUUUCCGUACUCCUAUCGUUUCUACGGACCAGUCAUCAACCAUUCUAUCAUCUAACGAACAAGCAUGGAUAUUCAAUUGGCGUCAAUCAGAAAAUAUCUAUGCAUUAAGUGAUCAUCCAAUAGCUUUGCAAUAUGCUGUUGAUCAGUCAAUCAAUGUACCUCCAUCAUCAGAUAAAAUUUUACAGAAACUUAAUCGACAUCAUGGAAUAAUAUCAAGUUUAGAUGUAUUGAAAUCUGUGUGUAGACCGAUUCGUUUGAUUAAUAAAGGAACAUAUACAAAACUUAUCCUUGGAAAAACUCAUCCAAUGCUAAAUGACGGAGGCAAUUUCAAUAAUGUUCGACAUCAAAACAUAUUUCUUCCACCUAGAUUAUUAAGUAAAAUUACAUAUCUUAAUUCAGAUGAUAAUAGUCUAUUGAAAAAAGCUCGUCGUGAAGCAUUAAUGCUUACUCUUCUUCAUGGAUCUUCUGGUGGAAUGUAUUCUUCGCUGGAAGAUUAUUAUAAUGAUCAAGAUAAUUCAUAUCUUUUCACUAAUCAACGACGAUUAUUACCAUCUGGCUGGUCUAUUGGCUGGUUAACAAAUGAUGCAGUUAAACCGACACUAGGUAUAACAGUCAUGCAUUGGAUUCCUGGUGGACGUCUUAUUGAUGUUUUGUGCGGUCGAGUAGAAUAUACUGAAUUUUCUGUUAUGAUGUGGAGUCAACAAAUUCUGUCAGCAUUAAAAUGGUUCUAUACAUGUUUUAUGGGACGACCACAUGGAAAUAUUUGUCCGGAACAUAUACUUGUUGCACGACGAACAUCUUCGCUUCCAGACAUUGUAUUGACUGGAUUCGGUCAUGAAUCUGAUUCGAAUGAAACGCAAAGCAACUUUUCAGCUCCUGAAUUAUACGAGAAUCAAUCGAAAUCAAUGGCUUCAGAUUUGUGGAGUGUUGGAGCUGUAAUGAGACUAUUAUUAACAGGUGAAUAUCCAAAUGAUAACAAUGAUUAUGGACAAAAGUCAAUAACUGAUGAGUUAAUAAAACAGUCAAAUGUUCACUCGAAAACUCAACCAUCUAAUGAAUUAGCAUGCAAAAUUAAUUCUGAGAAUAUUACUACUACUACUACUAAUAAUAAUAAUAAUAUACAAACCUAUUCACAGAAUUAUUUAAAUAUUAAAAAAUUGAAAAGAUUUUCUAAACCUGCACGGAAAUUCAUCUACAAUUGUCUUCAUCCUUCACCAAGGAAACGUGGAACAGUUGAAUUUUGGCUUAAUUCUCAUUGGUUUAAUUUAAACGCUGACAAUGUGGAUAAUUUAACUUCAGUGAUCAUUCCCACAAAUUUACUAAGAUCAUACAAAACUGUUCUAGAUGACAAAACAACACCGGGUUAUGACAAAACCGAAGAAUUACAAUUUUCUUGAUGCACAACGAACAAAAUUGUUUCUGCUUCCUUUCGUUUUUUUCUUUAUCCCUUAUAUUACAAAAGUACAAUAAAAUCCUGAGAAAAAUCCAUAUAUAUAUAUAUAUAUAUAUAUAUAUAUAUAUAUAUGACUUGUGAAAGUCACAUAUCUUCAAUUCUUCUUUGAAUGGUCAACAAUAGGUGAUAUGUGUCUAUGACACUUCAGGAUAUUUCCUCUUCCAUACACAAACAUCACCAAAUCCGUUUCGAAUAUCAUGUUAAGCAUAAUUCUCCGUUUGUUUGUUUUUCUUUUUCAAUUAAAACCCACUCCUUACCCUUUAUCUUUAAACACAUCCCCUGUUUGCAUUUAGUAAUCUAUACUAGAAUAAAGAUGAUUUUUUUUUCUAUUUCGUAACUACCAUGUUUACAGUUAUACAGCAAAAAGCAUGUGAAAGAAUCACCCAACAUGAUAGAUACAUACGCACAUACACCCCUUGCAUACACGAGACAUACUUCCUAUCAUAGUCUCAGAAAAGUUUGAUCAUUCAAGAAAAAUAGUUCCUUGAAAAGUUAUUCUGCAGGAAUGAAUAUAUAUCGUAUAAAAGAGUUGUAAAUGUAUACUGACUUUUCAUUGUUUGUUUUUUCUUGAACAUAAUAUUAACGUUGAGCUUCGAUUAAUAGGUCAUGGGGUUCGGAUUACACACUGCGUAUUUUGAUUUGCGUAGUCGAUGAAACAGUUGAUUUAACCAGUAUUAAGCUAGAUAAAAUUAAAAAUGAUCCAAGCUUAACUGUUUAGCAAAAAACAGCGUGAUA